UAUUGAGUUAACAACCCAACCAAGUUACUUGACUCAACUUAUCCUCUAACACCAUAAACAAACUUUACAUUCUCAAGGCAAUCGACAUGUUUAACAGGAUUGAUCAUGUUUCUUUAUCAAUAAUGUUAUGUUACUUCACACCCUCCUAGUUUAGACACACAAUAGCUGCAGCAUGGAGAUUCAAGCUCCUUGGUAUCUUUCUAUUCUGCAUGAAACAAUGAUAUUUUGUUUUAUGUUAUAGUUAAUCUAUCAACAAGAAUACAUGGAUUACCUUAAAAUCUAAAACUUGCCUCAACAUCGUGAAACACACCGGUUCCAUCCUCAAGUCCAACCAGCUAUGGAUUUACCCUCAGAAUGCCAACAUAAAGAAGCAACAGAAGGUCCUAUAAGCCAAAAGGGGAAAAUUAUUGCCAAGAUUUUAAAAACUGAAUAUUCCUAUUUCACAUUGUAUUUGACUUUCAGUUUCAUGCAAAAAUAAAUAAAGAGAUCUUAUCAGGCGAAAUAGUUCACAACUUCUACUAAUGGUAGAGGUCGAGCAAAGCCUCCCAGUAAUCUACAUAGAUUGAACAGCGUGAAGCAUUGAAGAACAUGAAUUCAUCUCUAAAUUCCUUUUACCGUCGUCACUUUCCAUUCCUGAAAGUUAGAUGUUUUACAAAAUAAAUAAUGAUUAGAAAAAUUAGAAUUUUUGUAGAGAUAUCGGAUUUUUUGAUGAUACUAUGAAGCAUUACGUCAUCGGUAAAAGUAAUGUGAAACGCCAUGGUUAUACAUAACCGAUGAUAGAUUCAGUAAUGAAGUUCUAGAGGUAACUAAGAGAAUUACUUAAUGGGCCAAUUAGACCAGAAAAAAGCUAAGCUCAUGACCAGGUUUGUUUUAGGAGAAAUACUUAAUGGGCCAAUUGAGAUCCCACUGAAGUCCAUUUUGUUUCACGAAAUCAACUCAACUAACACGGAAGGAGGUGAUGACGUGGCGUAAUGAAAGAGAAGCAAAGAUGACAUGCGCAUUCAGAAGACUAUCGACAAUAAUUUCAUUUUCAACACUCUCCUUUUGAUCUUUUAACCUUAUACAUUAUCUUCUCUUUCUUCCAUUUCAUCAUUCAAUGAACGGUUUUGUUUAAAAAAAUCAAUACCCUAUUUUACUAAUUAAUAAUUAUUUUCUAUAUACAAAUUAAAUAAACAUAAUUUCUAUUUAUUUAGAAUUUGAAAUAAUAAAGUUUCAUAUAACAAAUAAGAAUUAUAUAAUUUAUAAUGAGAUAAUUGGUUUUAAAUAAUUAGGAGGAUAUGAAAAUAUCAAAAAUAUCUAGAAAGUGAUAUGUGGCGUCAAUGGUCUCUACCUUUUUUUAUUUGACAUGUUGAAUAUUUUCAAUACUAAAUAAUCAACAUAAUCAAAUUUUCUUUUUCAACAACAUCAUUUUAAUGAUAUAAAAUUGAAUUUUUUAUUCAACACCCCCAUUUUAAAUGGUCGAAGGGAGGAUGGUGUAGCUUUAUUAGUUAAGAUGUUUGAUAUUUUAAUGGAUUAUGCAUGUGUCUACAAUAUUAUACAUAUAUGAUAUAGGAUCAAAACUAAAAUACCAGUUAGAUGUAUAGUUAAACUAAGAAAGUAGUUUUCUUCUAGAAACAUCAUUAAAUGAACAUAGUAGAUAUAAAGAUCUAUCUUUAUAAAAUAAAAAAUACUGGAAAGUUGAGAUUUUACCUUCAAAAUGAUGAAAAAAAUUUAAAAGAUAAGAAUUGACUGUGAAAAAAUAAUACAAUUUUCUUAAUUCAUAAUUACAAAAGUUUGAUACACUAUAAAUAUAGAGAAAAUAAAUUAAGUAAUUUUUAUUUUCUUUUUGUUUUGUAACAUUUGUACUAAGAAAUUUAUCUAUUCAAAUAUUAUCUAUAUAAGUCAUAUAUCUUUUAUACCUAUAUAAGUUAUGUAUCUGUUAUACACAUAGUCAUUGUUUACCUUUAUAUAUAUAUAUAUAUAUAUAGUUAUUUAUUUAUUUAUUUUUUAUUGUUAAAGUUCAACUUUUUCAUAAGAGGUGUUAUACGGUGAGAAGAUUAUUAGAACUAGUGUUUUUUGUUUGGAAUUCGAAUAUGGUGGGUUGCUUCUGGUCAAAGAGAUCACCACCCGUAUAUAAUUCAAAUAGGUACAGUGACUUAUAUCUCUACGUUUUAUGUAAUUUGAAUAAGAGUUUUUAUUACUCUUCUUACAUACUAACUGACACACUUUUCUCCCUUGAAAAUUUUUCUAGUGUUGUUGUCAAUGCUGAAUUGAAGAUCGGGAUGCAUUGUAAGAACUGCGCAAAACGUGUCAGAGAAGUAGUUUUCUACUUGAAUGUUCGACAAUGUGAUGUGCAUCUAGAUACUCAAAAGGUUAUGGUCGCUGGUGAUUUUAAUUUAGAUGAGGUGGUGGAAACUGUUAAGAGAAAACUUGGUAAAAGAGCAGAAGUUUUGACAUCGACUAAGAAAUCUGAUGUAGUUUCAAAUGAAGAUGCUGAAUCUGAAAUAGUUCCAGAAAAAAAUGAAGAAACUGAAAUAGUUCUGGAGAAGAAUGAAGAACCUAAAUUAAUUCCAGAGAAAAAUGAAGGACCUGAAAUAGUUCUAGAGAAGAAUGAAGAAUCUAAUAUAGGCCUUCAAAAGGAAGCAAAUCCCAAUGGAUGCACUAUCCAGUAAAUCUAGUCGAAACAUGUAAUCACCAUAAAGAACUUGGCAUGGUGAUAUGGACCUUGUCGAUCUUGAGAAGGUUUAAGUGUUUGAUUCACCGUGUUAUAUAUAAUAAGACAAAUGGAACAUGAUUUCUUUUUUAUUAUUUCUUUAGUAUUUUUUAUUAAUGAUGCAAUUAGAAGAUUUCAUUGUCAGUAUAGUGUGAUUUAGUUUGAGUGGACAGAAAAGUCAUCAUCAUUAAAAAGCAUUCUAAAAAAAGUGUGGUAAGAAUCUCAUAUAAGAAAUUAUGACAUAUAGUAGAUAAUGUGAGAAUGGUUAGCAAUCAUUAAAGAUGGGUUAUUUUAUUUCGAUGAGUUAUUAUUAAAAUUGAAGCACAAAUAUAGAUUCGUCUAUAUCAAAUAUGAAUUUAGAGGUAAGAGCUAAUUUGUGACUACCAAAACUAUCAAGGGGGUUACACCAAAUGUGAGAUCAGUUGCUCCUAGUAUUUAUGUCAUUGUAUUAGAUAUUUUGAUUUCUCAAUUAAAUAGAUCUAUGAGUAUAACUGAAGAGGGAGAUGGACGAUACAUAGAUAAGAAGAGGUGAAGAGACAAUUGCAUUUCAAAAACUUAUUGCAACUCACAAAACCAAACCUACAAGAGGACAAUGCAUGUGGUACAAAGAAGUGAAACAAUCACGCACACCGGUAGAGACUAUGGUAAUGCAUCAAAAACCGACCAAAAAAUUGUCAACAAUAUAAUAUGUGUCCCAUAAGUCUUGAAGAAAAGAUCAAUUUUAAUCCAUAACAUAACUCAGCUUCCCGAUGAAGCAAUGAUAUUACAAAGAAGGAGAACGUAAAAACACGAUAGUUAGAGAAGUCAUACUGUUGACCUUCCAAUCCGG